AUGUAUACAAAAUAUUCAUUAGAACAGAUGAGAAAUUUUGCUUUUAAAAAUAAAAUUAGUAUUGAAUAUAGACCACAUUUAUAUACAAGGUGGAAUAUGUCUUUUAGUAAAAUUUUAAAUAAUCAAAAUUCAAAAUUCAAUUUAAAUAGUGAUGAUGUAAUCGUUUUCUUACAUAUACAAAAAACAGCUGGUACAAGUUUUGAAAAAUUUCUCGUAAAAAAUAUGAAUAUUGAAUAUAAAUGUGAAUGUAAUUUGGGAAAAAAAAGAUGUAAUUGUAAUAAAAAUAACAGUACAAAACAAACUUGGCUUUUUUCAAGAUACUCAACAGGUUGGAUGUGUGGUUUACAUGCUGAUUAUACAGAAUUAUUUGUCUCUGAUUGUGUUGAAAAUGUUCUUGAUCGAAAAGAAGGAGGUCAUAGAAAACGACGUUAUUUUUAUACAACUUUUUUAAGAGAACCAGUAUCUAGAUUUAUUUCUGAAUAUAGGCAUGUUGAUAGAGGUGCAACAUGGUUAUCAGCAAAACAUAUGUGUAAUGGGAAACCACCAACUCCUGAUGAAUUACCACUUUGUUUUGAUCCAGAUGUUGGAUGGGAAGGAGUAACUUUAGAUGAAUUUUUAGAUUGUCCUUUUAAUCUAGCUUUUAAUCGGCAAUCUAGAAUGUUAGCUGAUUUAACAUUAGUUAAUUGUUAUGAUACAAAAACAAUGAGUUCUGAAAAACGUGAUCAAAUUAUUUUACGAAGCGCAAAAAAUAAUCUUAAAAAUUUUGCAUUUUUUGGAAUCAAAGAAAAUAUGAAUGCUAGUCAAGUAAUUUUUGAAAAGUCUUUUAAUUUAAAAUUUACAAAAAGUCUUGGUGUAUGGAAUAAAAGCAAAUCAAAGGAUACUAAAAUAACAAAAGCACAAUUAGAAAAAAUAAAAUAUAGAAAUAAACUAGAUAUAGAAUUAUAUGAUUAUGCGUUAAAACUUUUUGCUAAAAGAAUGAAAAAAUUAAAUAUUUCAGGAUUUGAAAUUCCACCAUCACCAUAUAAUCUCACAUAUGAAGAAUAUCUCAAAGAAAAUAAUAAUUGGGUUUAA